GUCCAACACAAAACACCCAGUUGUCUUCCCCGACGCGAGCUGAGCCGCAAAGGAGACCAAACCGGCGACCGAACCACGCCAAGCGCACCGCCUUCUCCGGCCGCCGCCGCCGCCGCCGCCAUCUGCUGGAUUUGUCUUAUCUAAAGUUAGUGCAUUGUGCUUCGUGGAAAUGGUUAUGGGGUUGAUAAAUGCUAACCCUGUAAUUCAUGAGAAGAAAGAGAGGCGUGUACGACAAGCACCGGAGACCACAGAUGAAAAUGCAGUAGAGCCUAUAGACCAGCUGGAAAUAUUUGAUCACAUUAGAGAUAUAAAGGAUCCAGAGCACCCAUACUCAUUGGAACAGCUUAAUGUGGUAACUGAAGACUCAAUUGAACUCAAUGAUGAAAGUAAUCAUGUCAGGGUUACUUUCACCCCAACAGUGGAGCACUGCAGCAUGGCAACUGUUAUAGGCCUUUGCAUCCGCGUAAAACUCAUACGGAGUCUCCCUCCUCGUUACAAGGUGGACAUAAGGGUAGCCCCUGGAUCACAUUCAACUGAAGCUGCUGUGAAUAAGCAACUGAACGAUAAGGAACGUGUCGCGGCUGCAUUGGAAAACCCAAACCUACUGGACAUGGUGGAGGAGUGCUUGUCGCCAACAUUUGACUGAGGCCCGGACAUAUCUGGGCGCCACGGUGUUAAUGUUCAGAACCCACACAAGCUUAUGGCCCCAUGGAGUUUACUCCUAUCUUUUGAGAAUUGGGAUGCCCUUGGCUGUUGCAGGACGUGUGGAUGGAUUUUGUUUCGCCGCCCCUUUCAGUUAUUAUAUUGUUACCUUUUUACUGGACGGUUUUGGUGUUUGUGACCUCCCUGAGCUAAGGGGAAAUGAUGUAAUCAGGUCUUGUGCUGUAGCUUUCGCAGUGUUGUCAGUGCCACGGCGUUUUGUGGCUGUAUACCCACACAAUCAACUGAACUCAGUAGGAGAAUCCCAGAAUCCUCGAGCAUAAGCUGCCUCUCUUUCUUUAUUUGUAAAUGCCUACUUUCUGAUAGCAUGGCCAUAGUUUGCGUAAAGAAACCAUGAUUUCUUGUUGA